AUGACCAAAGUCAUUUCAUUUCAAGAAGUGGCCAAGCACACCUCGGCCGACGACUGCUGGGUGAUCCACAAUAACAAGGUCUAUGAUGUUUCGGGCUUUGUGGCAGAUCAUCCUGGAGGAGAAGAAUUGAUUCUUGACCAUGCUGGCAAGGAUGUGACACAGUUGAUGAAGGAUGAACUCGAGCACGUGCAUUCGGAAGGUGCAUAUGAGAUGUUGGACGAGUUGCUUAUUGGUCAGCUCGAGAAUACAACCUCCACUACGACAACAACAAAGACUAUUUCUUCCGAUGGCGCCACAGGUAUUAUUCAAAGGACAACGAUAACUACUGUCAAGACGACAACCUCGGCAAAAGGAAAUAUUGAAGAGGAAAAAGACCACACACAUUUGGUUACGACCGAUAUUGCCGCCGAUGUCAAGAAGGAGAAGUUUUUGGAUCUCAGCAAGCCAUUGCUUUACCAGCUCUGGAAAGCCAAUUAUCCUAAAGAUUUUUACAUGAAACAGGUGCAUAUUCCUCGACACUUGCCUUAUUCUGCUCGUGUAUUUGAGUCAGACUUUUUGGAAGUCUUCAGUCGUACACCAUGGUGGUUGGUCCCAAUCUUAUGGUUGCCAGUCGUCGCAUUGAUGCUCUCAUGGGCGAUUCAAGGCGGAGAAGAAGCAGGAGCCUUGUCUGUUGAAAAAGCAGGAUCCACUUUCUUGGCUGGUGUGAUGACUUGGACAUUAGCAGAGUAUUCUAUUCACAGAUUCCUCUUCCAUGUGGACGAUCUUUUGCCUGACAGUACCUAUUCCAAUGUGGCUCAUUUCCUUUUACAUGGAAUUCAUCACUAUCUUCCCAUGGAUAGGUUGCGCUUGGUCAUGCCUCCCGUGCUGACUAUUGUCAUCGGUACCCCACUGUACUUGCUGGCUCAUACCUUGCUAGAAGCUCCUAUGGCAAAUGCAUUGAUGUCUGGGGUAUACUUUGGAUACAUUUGCUACGACAUGGUCCAUUAUUAUCUACACCAUGCUCGUGUCUUCGAGUUCCAUUUUAAGGAAAUGAAAACCUAUCAUCUGGCUCAUCACUACAAGAACUAUGACAAUGGAUACGGCAUCACUUCCAAGAUCUGGGAUCGCGUCUUCGGCACGUUAUUGGAAAUGUAA